UAAACGGUGAAAGGAAAUUACGAGUUGGUUGGGAUGAAAAAAAUAUUAGGGUGGACCUUAGUCCGUGACGGUGCCGUACCAAAUAUAUAUGUGCAUAUCUAUAUCCAUUUCCAGCGGCAGCACACCAGCACUACAGUCUCCUCUUCUAUCCUUUGGAGCAUCAGAUUGUAUUAAAAAAUUUCCAAGGAAAUGGAGGGAGGAAAAUGCAAGGAAUGAUGGUGAUGCCACAACAAAACCCACUUGAACUGUUGCAAGCGAAGUUCAAGGAAGUGGAGAACAAUUACAGGGGAUGGCUAGCCAAGCAGUCGUUGCCCGUGGACGCCGCCGUGGUAUCGACCACCAGCGCUGCUCAGGGUGCUUCUAUCGGUGCUUUCAUGGGUACCCCCACCAACGAUGUCUCCUCCUCUCUGCCAACUCCUCCUCAGGCUUCCCUCGACCCUCAGGCCAUGGCUUCUCUCAAGCAAGCUCAGAUCUUUCUCUUCAUUUCCCUCUUGUUUACCACCUCCAUGUUUUCACAUACAAAGAAUCUUGCUCUAUCAGGAGGUCCCUUGAUACAAGCUCGAAAUUUUUCCGUGAUGGCUGGUGUCAACGCAGGCAUAUCUUGUGUUAUGAAAAGACAGAGAGGGAAGGAAGAUGUCCAAUCUAGCAUGGUGGCAGCUUUCGGUUCCGGGGCCAUAUUUUCGUUGGUCAGUGGUAUGGGUGGCCCAAAUCAGAUUGCAAAUGCUGCUACAUCUGGUAUUUCUUUCGCUCUUGUUCAAGGCGGUCUUUUCCAGUUGGGGCAUAAGUUUUCUCAACCGCCUGCUGAGGAUGUGCACUAUUCCAGAACACGGUCCAUGUUGAGUAGUCUCGGCCUGCAGAACUACGAGAAGAAUUUCAUGAAAGGCUUGUUAACAGAUAGCACAUUGCCUUUACUCACGGAUAGGCAAGCAGAUGGAUUGUCUUGAUUCAACUUCGGAAUUAAUAUGAACUGUGUAGAUAUACGCCCAUUCAUGUUGUGUUUCAGUGCACUUAGAGAUGUGAAAAUACCACCCGGACCCAGGCUCCUUAUUUUGGAUAAUAUUCAGAGGGACCCCGAGUUGAAACAGAAGCAAGGGGCGACGAAGGUGAGCGUAUAUCGUUAAGCUGUUUCACCAUCAAGAAGAAUUUUACAAUUUGUCUGAAACCAAAGAAGGGUAGUUCGUAUCUUCUCCAAGGAAAUGAAUUUUCCUUUUUAUUUCUUGCUGUUCUUAGCAUCCAAUUUGGAUAAACAUGGUUUAAAUUUCUUUAAACAAA